AUGAUUUUUCAGCAUUUGAUAAGUUUAAACAAUGAAAAAAAGAUAAGUAUGUUCUUUUACAUAUUUUUAAUAUUGUAUAUUACUCAUGUGAGAACAUUUUAUGAGUGCUUAAAUUUAAAAAACGAAAAGAAUUACAAUGUGUUUUUAAUAAAUGGAAAUAAUAAUGGUCCCUCCUAUUAUUUUGUAAACAGUAAUUACAGAAAUAAUAAUAAUUUUUUAAGAAGAAAGGAAAAUUAUCAAAGAGUACUACAAUUGUAUGAUCCUCCACUCAAUGAAGGGGCUAAAAGGAAUAGUUAUAUUUUAUAUGCUCAUGGCAAAAAAAACAAAAAUAAAAAUAAAAUGAAUCACUAUAAUAAUGUAACAACGAAAAGAAAAACAGUAAAUAGAAGGGACCAAGAUGAUGAAGAUGAAGAUGAAGAAGAAGAAGAUAAUUAUGAAGAUGAUGAAGCUAAUUAUGAAGAUGAUGAAGCUAAUUAUGAAGACGAUGAAGAUAAUUAUGAAGAUGAUGAAGAUAAUUAUGAAGACGAUGAAGAUAAUUAUGAAGAUGAUGAAGAUAAUUAUGAAGAUGAUGAAGAUAAUUAUGACGAUGAAUAUGAUGAUGAUGAUGACGAUUAUCCCUUUAAUAAUGAUGAUAUAGACAUAGGUGAUAAGGAUACUCCUUAUGAAACUCAAAAAAGUAAAACAAGAUCAAAAGAUGAAAACAUGACUCAUCAAAACAAGGGAGGUAAUACUACAUUAUCAUUGGAAAAUUAUAAAAUUAAAAAAAAUGUUAAUUAUGAUAUAGAAACAGAUAAAAAAAAUAAGGUAAAAAAAAAAGACGAAGAAGAUAUACAUGAAACAAAUGAAAAAGAUGAUAACAUAAAUGAUAAUAAUGAUGAUAAAGAUAACGAACAUAUUGAUGACAUUAUGGAUGAAGAAUAUGAAGAAGAUUAUAUAACCGAAGAAGAUAUCAAGGAUUUACAUAAAAUAUGUUCAGACAAAAUGAAUAAAGUUUAUGAAUUUUUAAAAAAAGAAUCUUAUCGAUUUAAUUUAAAUAAUGUUUCUAAUGAUAUGUUUGAAAAUGAAAAAGUCAAAAUAAAUGAACGUAUAUAUACAGUGAAACAUAUAUGUCAUAUUAAGAAAAAAGAAAACUUAUUUACUAUAACACCAUAUGAUCCUUAUUUUGUUAAUUUCCUUUAUCAACAUUUUAUAAAAGAAUUUGAUGAACUCAAAUUUUAUGUGAAGGAUAAAUCCCUUUACGCUGUUAUACCGCCUAUAUCAGAAAAUUUAAAAAAUGAAAUAAAAAUGAAAAUCAAAAAAAAAAUAGAAGAUUCUAAAGUUACACUUAGAACUGUAAGGAAACAAAUGAUGGAUAAGUUAGAAAAAUUUAAAAAUAAAAUAGGAAAGGAUAUUUAUUUUAAACAGAAAAAUUAUAUACAAAGUAUACAUGAUCAAACCAAGAAAAAUAUAGAAAAAAUAUUUGCUGAUGCAAAGUGA